UUUCCCCCAACUCGUUGCGCGUGCGCAGUGCAGGUGGACUCUGAAGUCUGGGAGACUCCCGCGUCGCCGUCCUGACGCCCCCCUUUUGCGCGGAGAGACGGCGUCACAGUUGUAAUACUGGAGUCUGGAGGGAGGAGGAGGAGGAGGACAGCCGCUCCUCAGCUGGAAGGAGAGCUGGAGGUCUCGGUGGGGGCGGACAUAGCGCCGAGGUAACUUCACAUUCAGAAGAGUCCGGUUCCCUUCGUCCCCGGAUGGCUACCACGGGCCAGGAUCUCGAUGGUCCGACCCUGCUCCUCGUAUAAAGCCGGCGCAGGGCUCUCUCAGCAGCCAUGACCACCUCCCAUGUGAAUGGUCAUGUAACAGAAGACUCGGAUAGCGAGAAGCAAAGUGCAGAUCUUUCUCCAGACGAGCCGCAGAGACACAGAGAAAUGGCAGUGGACUGCCCGCCGGACCUGGGCACGAGGGCCAUGCCCAUACGAAGGAGCGCUCAGCUGGAACGGAUCCGGCAGCAGCAGGAGGAUAUGAGGCGUCGACGGGAAGAGGAGGGCAAGAAACAGGAUCUGGACGUCAAUUCCUCCAUGAGACUGAAGAAGUUGGCGCAGACCUUUCCUAAAACUGGAAUUGAUAACCCAAUUUUUGAUACGGAUGAAGGACCGGUUCUGGAAAGUCCCAGCCGAGCUGUAAAAGUAUUAGACUUGGAAGAUUUAUUGAGUUCCUUGAAGGACAUCCAGCACACCCUGGUAGACUCUCAGAGCCAGGAGGACCUCGGUGUACUCCUCCAUCUAGUGCAAAAUGUAGACUUUCAGAAUGCAUUCAGAAUCCACAAUGCUGUAGCUGUGCACAUGAACAAAGCCAGCCCACCAUACCCCCUCACCCCUAAUGGGCAGGAGCUGGUCCAGGAGGUGCAGCACGUACUGAAAGCAAGUCAUCACAAAGAAAGCCAAGAACUUACCGAUCUUCUGAACACGCCCAACAUUCAGGCUCUCUUCUUGGCUCAUGACAAGGUGGCGGAGCAGGAAAUGAUGCCCGAAUCUGUUUCUGAAGACCACUUUCAUGAAAACAUUGCCCAGUACGGUGAUGAAACAGUUAAAAUAGUAAGAAUAGAGAAGGCAAGAGAUAUCCCACUGGGUGCCACGGUGAGAAAUGAACUGGACUCUGUAAUCAUCAGCCGCAUCGUGAAGGGGGGCGCAGCAGAGAAGAGCGGCUUACUGCACGAAGGAGAUGAAAUCCUGGAAAUAAAUGGCAUCGAGAUCCGGGGGAAAGAUGUCAAUGAUGUCUUUGAGCUGCUUGCUGAAAUGCAUGGGGCGCUCACUUUUGUACUUAUCCCUAGUCAGCAGACCAGACCACCGCCGGCCAGGGAGACUGUGGUACAUGUCAAAGCGCACUUUGAUUAUGACCCCACAGAUGACCCUUAUGUCCCGUGUAGAGAACUGGGCCUUUCCUUCCAGAAGGGAGACAUCCUUCAUAUCAUCAGCCAAGAUGACCCCAACUGGUGGCAGGCGUAUAGAGACGGCGAUGAAGAUAAUCAGCCUCUUGCAGGCCUUGUGCCAGGAAAAAGUUUUCAGCAGCAACGGGAGGCAAUGAAGCAGACAAUAGAAGAGGAUAAGGAGCCGGAAAAGUCAGGCAAAUUGUGGUGUGCGAAGAAAAACAAGAAAAAGAGGAAAAAAAUCUUAUAUAAUGCCAAUAAAAAUGAUGAUUACGAUAAUGAAGAGAUCCUGACCUACGAAGAAAUGUCUCUCUACCACCAACCGGCAAACAGGAAGCGGCCUAUAGUACUAAUAGGGCCACAGAACUGCGGGCAGAACGAGCUGCGGCUGCGCCUAAUGAACAGCGAGGCUGAUAGAUUUGCUGCCGCCGUGCCUCAUACGACUCGGAAUAGGCGAGACAAUGAAGUGGCGGGCCGAGAUUAUCACUUUGUCUCCAGACAGACGUUUGAAGCAGACAUUGCUUCUGGCAAGUUCAUUGAAUACGGGGAGCACGAGAAGAACCUCUACGGCACCGGCGUGGACUCCGUGCGACAAGUCAUUAAUUCUGGCAAGAUUUGCCUUUUAACGCUGCACACGCAGGCUCUUAAAACGCUGCGCAACUCGGAUUUAAAGCCGUACAUUAUAUUCAUCGCUCCACCUUCUCAAGAGAGGCUGCGUGCACUGCUGGCAAAAGAAGGUAGAAAUCCAAAGCCUGAGGAGCUCCGAGACAUCAUAGAGAAAGCCAGAGAAAUGGAGCAAAACAACGGGCACUACUUUGACAUGGCCAUAGUGAACACUGACCUGGACAAGGCCUAUCAGGAACUCCUCCGACUAAUCAACAAGCUGGACACGGAGCCUCAGUGGGUCCCUUCCUCCUGGUUGCGGUGAACGGAGGCGCACGGCAACCAGCCCCCCGGACAGUCACGGUUGGAGAACCAGUUUAGUUCCGUUUUUUGCAACGUAUGUUUGAGUUAUUCUAGAAGAGGGCCAGAAGAUGUGGCCCAAUGUAGAAGCGCCCAUUCAGGUUUAGUCUAGACCGAGCAAAACCGCGCCAGCGGUCCAUGCCAGGGUAAUGCGGGACAGUGCUUGAUGUCAGCGUGGAGCACAGCCUUGUAGGCCUGACCCCUCCCGGGAAAGGAGGACAUGUUUACAGACCCUCAUUAACCUUCUUGUGGUAGAGAGUGAUGGAGUUAACCUUUUAAUUGACCAGGAAUCUUUUCCGUUCUCGCCAUUAGGCAGCCGUCGGCGGUGGCUCCUGUAAUGCGUGGCACUUAUAUGUAUAAAGGAUGCUCGAGAGAGAGAGAAGAAUCACUGGGAAAGUCUCCUACGUAACUGGAUGUACAGAUAAGAGAUUGUGUUUUAGCAAUAUACUUUCAUACACCCUUCCCUUCCCCCCCCCAGCACACAUCACACACCGGAGGGCGCUGGUUUUUUUAACCAAGAGAAGUUAGUUUUUAACGGUCAAGGACUUUGCCACAUUCCAUUUUAUAGUCGCACCCGAUGCCAGCAGCGAUUCCUGUUUCACAAGUUGCAAUGAAUGUAAAGCUGUUCGUUUCUCUAAAUAAACUUGGGCUACAGUUUCACCAGUGACCUCCUCCUUCCAUGUUGUCCUCUCCUCCAGAAGGCGUCCAUCCGUUCAGUAGCCUCUGGACCGCAUGUCCUCCACAUCCGGCCUGAGCUACGCCAUACUUCACCCAUACUUAUCCAAUUAUUAUUUUUUUAGGUUUUGCGUUGGCCGUACAUACCAAACCUCUUGAAGAAUUUGGGUUUCGCGUUUGCUCCACUUUUUUUAUUUGAUUUUUUUCAUAUUCUAGUUCCUAUGAUUGGGAUGUCCACCUCCGAGCGUAAAUCCUGAGCGGAUCACUGGAGCUUGACUUUUUAACAACGACGAGUUCUCCUCUACAGCGUUGGCAGCUUUGAGGGCAUGACUCCAGCUUAGACGUUCUCUGAUAGGAGCCUAAGGUAGUCUGAGCAGUUCAUACCAAGCCGUGUUCCAUGCUUUACACUCCAGCUCUGCUUAGAUGAUCAGAUUCUCUUUGGAGAACUGAUCAUCAGGGAGGGGGGAGUCGUAGAGAUAUGUGUUUAUUCACCUGGGGGUCCGACCUCCUGGGAAGGGGCCCUCAGGAUUUAGCAGGACAAUGGCCCACCCCAUUCGCUUGAAAGGAGCCCUGCUGUGCGGGGAAAAACGGUUAUGGGGCUGCAGUGCUGAUCAUGAUCAUAAAGUGGCAUCACCUCAUAAGAUAGGACUGCCGUGUUAAUUAUGAAUGGUAGAUGUUAAAGGGGAUGUGCCAUCCCAGUUGGGUGGGCUUAAGGACACAGCCAAGCUGACCGACGCUCCGCUGUUUCCGUGGCUCCCCUUUUAAAGGACGGAAGCAGCGUAGCUUGUGCCGAUACUCUAUUUGCAUAGCUGCCAUCCACGACGAUAGGAGUUACGGAAAUGGUGGAUCACUGGGCCUCUCAGCAGUUUCCGUGAGCCUAUGGAAACGGCGAGAUAGGACAACCCCUUUAAGGCAUUUACUGAAUAUGGUGUCCAGUUCAUGGACUAUUAGGCUCCCAGAACCAGAGAAUUCUUGUGAUUUUUGGAAAAAUGAUCAUUGAGUUAUACUUCUGGUCACCAAUCCGAAUGACGGGUGUAACGCUCGGCGUCAGCCAGUCUUAACAGUCUUAAAGGGGACAAUACAUUGCUGUUAUCAUGUAGGUGAUGAGGAUUAAAGGGGUCAUAUGACAUGAAAUGUCUGCUUUCUUCUGGAUUCUUGCUUCAGACCUGUGCAUUUAAACAGGUAUGAAGAGCUGCAGUACCAGACAUGCCCAUGGACAAAAGUGGCGCUGUUUAUAUGUGGGGGAGGGACCUUUCUUCCGUCAAUACAUUUACUAAUGGGAUCUGAUGAAUGGAUGGACGCCGACGGACUGUAUGUAUUAUAAAUUGUUCAGUAUUAAACUAAUUGGUCGUUAUGUAAAUGGAUUUAGAUAGGUCGUUAAUAUCAGAUCGGUGGGGGGGCUGACGCCCUACACCCCCACCCAUCUGCUGUUUUCGGCAGAUGGCAGAAAUGAUGCCGUGGACAGAAAGCUCCAUCCACUGGGAGCUGCGCUGCAGUACCUCUGUAUGGCCACUACACAGUGGAUGGCGCCUUAAGCCUCUGGCUCUGGCCACUGUAUAGUUGCCGGAACAGCACAUUGGGGGGCGUGCAGUGAGUCUCCCCCCUACCGAUCUGAUAUCAGGCCAUCAGUAUCUAAGUCCUGGAAGUCCCCUUUAACUGUACAAAUAUACAUAUAAUAGCUAGUUAUAAGGGGAGGACUGUGGAGAAGAUUUGGACUCUACUGUAUAUGUUUGCGCUACUGUAGGAUACGUUGAUAGACUUAGGUAGGCACAGAUUAUAAUGAAGGAUAUGUGUGCACGUGUAUAUGGAGGUCAUCACUUAUCUUAUUAUUUAGGGGAGGGGGUGGCUUGGACUGCUUGAUUACUUGAAUACAUAACAUUACAAGGUUGCAUUCACUAUUCUGCAGAGCUGAAAUCUCCCAGGAUUCUUGCUGGAGCAGUUUUUGUACAGAGCAAUGUCUGGUCAUUUGCAGUCUAUACCCCGGGCACUGUACAAUAGGAGCUCGGCGCAAGCUCAUAGAUUGCUUCUAAUUAACCAGCUGAACUGUGAAUGCAGCUCUGGAGCAUAAUUCGGACUGUAAAUCAGGAUCAGAACAAAGAACACUAGAAUUACUCUGCUUAGACCAGUUAAAUGUGUGCAUUCUAAAAUGGCAUUUAGUGGUGAGCAUUUAAAGGAGU